AAUAGAUUCAUUCAGAUUCUUUGCGUCGGCCGGUGGUUAGCCAGUGACGCCAUUACCGGUGGCCCAAGAUGUCGAGCAUCCUCAGCACGACUCUGAGCGGUCUCAACAGCGACUCGUACUGCGAGAUCAGCUGCUACCGGGACCAGCAGUUCAAGGGGAGCCGCUACUUGCAGAAGAAAGCCUUGAAGUCCUCUUGCACACUCUAUGUGGGCAACCUCUCCUUCUAUACCACAGAGGAGCAGAUCCACGAGCUUUUCUCCAAGUGCGGGGACGUCAAGCGCAUCGUCAUGGGGCUGGACAAACUCAAGAAGACGCCCUGCGGCUUCUGCUUUGUGGAAUACUACACAAGAGUUGAAGCGGAGCAUGCCAUGCGCUUCAUCGAUGGGACCCGGCUGGACGACCGCAUCAUCCGGACUGACUGGGACGCCGGCUUCAAGGAGGGGCGCCAGUUCGGCCGCGGCAAAACGGGGGGCCAGGUCCGAGAUGAAUACCGCACAGACUACGACGUGGGAAGAGGUGGCUUUGGGAAGAUCAUCCAGAUGCAGAAGACAAACCAACAGACCGCCAUUUACUGACAGUUUCAAGGAUCAUCGAAGGGGAUGGGUGUCAGGAAGAGGGGCAAGAUUCAGAGGAAGAAGAUGGCUUUCUGGAAAGAAAACCCUUUGCCACCUGCAUCUCUGGCAUCUCAGGGCCUUUUCGCUCACCUUCAUGCUGGAUAAUGUGUGCAUUGCAAACCUGUUUUCCCAGUGUAGAAAUCCUAAGAGGAUAAGUGUUGCUGGUAAUUGAUUUACGAGGAGGCUGGGGAGGGUAUUUGCUGCCCUUCUGCGGUAGCUGCCAUUCCCUCCAUCUACUGGUUUAUACUGGUUUUGUUUUUCUAACAGCAAGAGAUUCCAAAUAAAUGAUCUUUUUACAGUA